ACUUUAUUUUAUAUUUUCCUUUUUCUUUUGUUAUCACUUUCUCUCUAUGAAUACCCUUUGAACUCUUCUUUCUUCUUCUCUCUCUAUCCUUUUGUUUCUUUGAGACACCCAAAAUUUUCUUUGCUCCAUUUUUGUUCCUCUUCUCCUCUCAGAGGAAUCUCUGAGACAGCUUAGCUCAGGUGAUCUUUGUUAAGAUCUGUGAUUUUCAGGUGUGAAAAUUGAGGCAAAAAUGAAUCACUGUGGUUACCAGCAGAUGAACACCUUGAGAAGCUGUGAAGAGAUGAAGAUGGAAUCUGUGGUUUGCCCUAAACCUCGUAGAUUUGGUCUGAUGAACCAUUCAUCUAUUAACAACAAUCAUAUCAGACCCUUUAGGCCACAAUUUAUCAACUACCAAUCAGAGUUUGAAGAUUCAGGAGUUAGAGAAGAUCUUCUAGAUAUCAUUCUCCCCAAGGGAAGUUGCUAUAGUGAUAGAUUUGGAGAUCAAAUUGUAUCAUCACCACCACCAUUUUUUUGUGGAUCUCCACCUAGUAGGGCUUCAAACCCUGUGAUCCAAGAUGAGCAGUUUGGUAAUAGCAAUGGUCAUGGAAAUUUUAGUCCAUUUUCCAUGGCACCCUCUUCACCAUCUUCCUCAGCUAGAGGUUGUGUUCCAAUGAAAUUUGGUCACACACAAGCUGCAGUUAGGAUUGAAGGUUUUGAUUGUCUCAAUAGGGAUAGGAGCAAUUGCAGUAUUUCAGCUUUUGCAUAAUUCAUUUCCAACAAAGAAAAAGAAAAAGGGUUGAAGAAAAAUCAUCAAGAAUUCUAAAGCAAGUGGAGAUUUUUGGUGGCAAAGGAACUAAUCUUAAUUCAAAGUUUAAUGUAUUAUAUGUAUAUAAAAAGUGGUAUGUGGAAAAAUUGUUCAUGAGUUAAGUUAAGGUGUCAUGUAUAAUUGAGAUGGUGAGAAUUUUUAUUUUAUUUUUUUCAUUUUGAAGAAUAAAAAGAGGACAUGUUAUUAGGUCGGAAGAAAAGGGCAAGCUAAAGUUUUGUUCUUUUCUUUUUUUUUCUUGUUAGGUUUUAUAAAAGGGUUAUUUAGAAUGAAACUUUGAUCUUAGUUUCAUUAAGAAAGAGUUUGUAACUAUGAUGUAUUUGAUACUCAGCAUAUCCUCCCUUUGUAAUUGUGAUUUGGAGGAAAAUGAGGGUUAAUAUUUGAAAUCUUGUAAAAUAUAAUUUUUUGUGGGUGCCCUCUUUGUAGGUGUCACCUAUUUGAUAAUAUCAAAGAGAUCUUGUUUAUACUUUUA